GUCCAGUUAUCGUUAUCACUAGCUUCCCAACCGCCUGCAUAGGAGCGACAAAUUCAGUGAGCUCUGCGCUUACUGCAAAACGCACCAAUAAAAACAGAAAGGAACGGUUUCUAUCAGCCACUCCUUGAACCAUACGAAGAAAGUACUUACUGAUAAAAAUCACCGGAAAUUUACAUACAUUUUUACACACCUCCAAGGAAGCAACCUGAGACGUGUAACAAGAAAGUAAUAACAUCCAAGGAUGUCUUCGUCGAAUCGAUACUCAACAAGGACUAUUGAGGGAAGUGACUUUGACAUAGAAGUAAACCGAAACCGAGGAACAACGUAUCGCUGGAAGUGUUAUUGUUGACAUAUUACGCAAUAGACUAUUCGUGUAAUACGAGGUUGCAUUGGUCAUUGAAUGAUAUCACAGUACUCACGACGAUAUAAGUUUCCAGAAUAUGUAUUGAACCAAGGAAAACAACAGACUCGUACGUGACAACGGGGCAAAAUCAGCUAGGAAUUACAUAUUCACCUAAGAAAUACAUGUAUAUUGCGGCGCCGAUUGCGCGCGUGUUUACAUGUAACACGACCGAAGAUCGGAGAGAUCAAGUUUCACAACCGGUUACUGGUUACUGGUUGCAGGGCAACUCUGGUCGUUCUGAAAAUGCACUGCAAAAUCGCUAAUGCAUCGCCCUACCGAUGGCAAAGAGACUGGUAAACGGGAGGGAAGUACGGUGAAAAACGAGCGGAGUAGUAAUUAUCUUACAAAGUACGUUUCUCAUUUAAAAUCGAUGCGUUCUUCCGUGGCUGUAAUUUGUCAUUGCAAAGAGUGAAACACGAACAUGCGUUUCGACGAGCUCGACGAUGAACAAUUUCUCGGUGGGUUGAUACGUUGGAACGUGGAUGAACAACCAAGAUAAGAACGAGUUUCUCGAUCGGAGUAUCGACAUAUCGAUUAACGUUACAUCCCUUGGACCUUUGGGAAUUUCUCCAUCUACCUGGUUUUGCGAUUAAAGUAAAAACUGACACUUAAGUAAUAUUUUCGGAAAUUCGUAUGUAGUCGUUUUUGAAUUACAUGGAUAUUUAGAGGAUUAAUUAAUUAUACCUAUGGUGAUAUAUGAAAUAGUGGCUGUAACAGGUUGGGAGUAAAUACCGAGGCUUCGGGAACUGGAUCAUUGAUUCUUAUUUCCAGGCUAAAUGGGGAGAAGUCUGGGGUGGAAAGCCAGAUUUAUAGAAACAAGGGUAAGGUUUAAGGCUUCCGGUUACAGGAAGGGCGACGCCUUGGUUCCUGUAACGAUCGGUCGACUACGGGGCUGCCACCCUUUGGGAUCAAUAAGAGCAAAGAAUCGUCCCAUGAAAGUGGGAACUAUCGUUCAGCAGUAGAUACCGAAAUCGAAUCGUGGCCGUGAUUUCGUGGAUUACCGUCGAACUUUAUUUCCCCUUUAAGAACCGACCCCAACCAAACUCCCCAUCAUGCUGAAUUGGAAUAGUAUGAUACUAUAACGAUUUAACGACGUUGAUCGUCCUAUGUACGAUAAACUUGAAAGUCCCACUGAUAAGCAAAGGGCAGCUGCGUUGAUUCUACUUGGUAUAUUUAAAAAUUGCUAAAAUCUGCCCUGAUUCAUUCUGCAGAAAAGAAACUUCAGGUGAAUAUUAGAAAUAUUACAUGUUUUAUUUCACGGCCAUAAUAAUUACAGGAAAUGCUCCGUCACUUUGUCCUUGAAAUUUAAUUACUUUUUUUUUCCUCCACUGCCUUGAAAAUAAAGUUUUCAAGCAGGACCUGCUAUUUCUUCUGUGAAGUUUUGCCGCCAUGGUUCAACGCCGUUAUGGAUGACUUUAUUUGUUAGAGCUGUUAUCGCGUUGCGCAAGGGUUUAGGUAAUUGAAGUAAUGACGGGUUAAUGAUAGGUUAAUGUAAUUUUGUUCUAAUCAUGGACAUAUCAUUGAGUUAUGAUUUCAGCCUCUCUAAUGGACACGUCGGCUAUCUGACGCGUAGAUCGACAACCAGCAUCACGCAUCAAGAAGCGACGUUCUUCCGUGUAAAAUUUGGUUCUACAGAUUGCGCAAGCUCCAUCAACCCUGCACCUGAUGCAGCUUUAUUUAAGCGUGCAGAUCUUUUUAUGGCUAAAAUCUCUCCCAAAAAAUUCCAAAAAAGUGGUACUUCUUUUGAACUUUCUUUUAAGCGUGUUCCACAUUGUGAAUAAUUAAAAUAUUACAAUUUCCACACACUUAACUGAAACUGCAUUCAUAUCCCUUAAGAAAAUCAUUAGCUAUUUUAAUUUCAGUUAACACGUUCCGUGCCGCUGUUACGCGGAACGUGUUAAUUUUUUUAAUUUCCAAGUGCAACGGCAUUUUCCGAUGACUAUAAUCUAUGUUAAACAAGAUACUAACUGCAGCAUUCCUAAAAAUAAAUACAUGCAUCUACUAUCGAAAACGAGUUGAUCACAAAUGAUUAAAAUUACCUCAUGAUAGUAAAUCAACUCAAACUAAGCUUUGCCAUUAUUUCAAAGCCUACAUGUAAUCGGAGGGCAGUACCAACCGCAUAUGUACUGAUUAAAUGAAUGCGCAAAGUAUUAUACACGGUGAAGGUACUUCAGUAUGUAAACGAUAAAUAUAUCACCGCUUCCUAAUAGAUUCACUACGAUGCAAAUAGCGGCGUACCGAAAUUGCUUGUAGUUUUGUGACCUAACCUCAAAGUCAAGAAGGAUCCACUAAAUUCGUGAGUUCUUAAAACGUGAAUAAUGAAUACUCUGAACUAACGCAACGACCCUGCCGUUCCAUUGCUCGUCUCGUUCCGCGCGGCCGUUCCGCGCCGGGAAGCUCGAAGCGGCUCGGCCGCGCGAUCGAACGAUCGCGAUAAUAAAUAUCGCGCCAGUCCGCAACGGCGCGGCGUUCCGCGCCGUUCCGCAGCGCUUGCCGCGCUGCGACGUUGCCUGCGUCGCGACGCGGCCGGGCUCCGCGCGGAAUGGCCGCUUCCUCCGCUGCGGCGUCUCCGCGUCUCGCGGCGAGUCGAUAUGCGCUUCCCUGCAGCCAGGAAUACGUGCCGCAAUCGCCAGGAGGUUUGGCAACGCCGCCGCGUGGAUUCCGCGCCGUAACCGCAACCGCAGACAUGGCGCAACGCUCACCGUACACGAAGCGAGAAACGGUUUCUCCGCAGUGACGGUUAAACCGCGCUCGGAACUCGUUCCGCGAGUAGUUUACUCGCCUACUCGCCUGCGCUUGCGGCCUUUCAACGGCCGGGUGUCCUGAGAACCGCGACGCGUUUUCCUGGAGAGCAAGGACCAUCUGCGGACGUCCUCGGACGUUUAAUGGACGCCGAGAGCUGCGAGGAACGUCCAAGGGACAUCGGGAUAGCGGGAUACACUGUGCCUCGUGCGGAUCCGCGAGCCCGAGCUUCCGCGGCCCGAGGAGCGCGCUGAUUGGCUGACGAACCGACCAAUCACAGAGCGCGCCCACUUGACCGUUCACGUGAUGAGGCUGCCGUUUGAUUUUCGCCUCAUUCCGCAGGUCCGCCGCGCGUCCGUGUAGAGCGAAGAACCCAGGGGUUCUCAAACAAGAUUGACUGCAUGGACUGGAUUUCUUAACCUCCUAACCUCGAUAGACGGAUUAAUAAUCCAACCUUGCCACCUUUGCCCCUCACGCGGAGGACGGAAGUUUAAUGCGCGCCUCAACCCAACUUAUCGACUCGCAGACCCCGCGAUGUUCGACACGGAAAGAUUCAUCGUCGAGAUCGAAAAGAGGCCGGCGAUUUAUGACGUUAAUUCGGACGAAUACUACGACCGAAACGCAAAGAUGAACGCUUGGGAUGAAGUUUGCCAAGUGAUGACACCCAAUUGGGAACACCUCACCGACGAGGAGAGAAAUAUAGAGGAGAAAAACCUGCGGGGGAAGUGGAGAAAUAUUAGAGAUUACUUUAUGAAGGAACUGAAAUUGCAGAAAUCCAGGAAGCCAGGCCCUGCUGGUCGCAAACGGAAAAAAUACAUAUAUUUCGAUCGACUCCUCUUCCUCAUGCCCACUGUAGAGAAUAAAAGAAAUACGACGAAUUACAUUAGUAAUUUUAAGUCUGAGGAAAGUGACGGAGAAAUGGACAACCCUGUGAUCGAGGAGUACGAAAUGCCAUUAACUCAUCCAGGAACAUCCAGAGAAUACUCACAUGCCGGUACUACUUACGAAGUAGAUAGAAGAGUACCUAGAUAUCCCAAAGCUCUGUGCGAAGCAUCGUUGACAUCCUUCGACAAUGAGAUCCAUGACAUGCUCUCAUCGCACAGCAGUCAAAGAGUUGUGGAAGAGGAAGACUACGACAAGAUGUUUCUACUGUCAUUGUUACCCAUACUCAGGCAAAUUCCUGACAGCAAGAAACUCGAUGUCAGGAUACAAAUGCAGCAGGUAUUGGCUGCUGCGAUGCAUCCAACUGACAAUAAGUAAGGAAGGUGCGACAGACUGGCCCACGUACCUUAGUCGGCAAAUAAGACUGUCAUUUUAUUUUAUACUUUUGAGAGAAUGAGAUUUACUUAUGUUGUUUGUACAAACAAAAGAAAAAGUAUGCUAAGAUCAGUGUACCUUAACAUUACCUAUAUGUAUAAGCAAAUUGGUAAAUAUUCACUGGGACAACUUUUUCUUCCCACUAGCUACAUAACACAGAAACAAUUUAGGAAAAGUUGCUUUAAUCAAUAUUUACCUCUAAUUCUGAUAAAACUCCGAGAUCCAAAUAUCUAAGAACGCAUCGAGUAGUAGAUGCGUCCAGAAAAUAAAGCACUUCAUAUUACA